CGGCAGAAAAUCACCCAGAAAACCACCCAACUUUGAAUUCAGCCAAUCAACGCCUUGUGUGCUACCUCAUGUAAUCGAUUCAAUGCUCCUCCACGUCUUCCGCCAAAAGCUUGCCGUUGUUCGUGAAUUGCACCGCGUCCAAGCCGGCAAGUGAAAUUCCUCGUCCUAGAGCAUCAUCUCGUGGCCUGCCACCCCAUCCACGAAAGCCACUCUCCCUCUCUUGGUUUAUUUCGCGACGUUUUACGAUGAGGUUACAGCUGUAAAGGAAUAAACAUGGCGGAUUCUUCGCCCGCGCCGCGACGCAGCGCGCAAUGGUCGAGUCCCGACCAGACUAGGUUCUCGGAUUUCCUGUCGGACGAUCGAAACAGUGAGCUGAAUCACAAAGAAGCUCUUGCGAAGGCACGAGCCGAACAUGAUCGCGUCCGAGACGAAGCUGUCAGGGUCAUUCGACUCCACGAGCACCAGCUAGAACUGCAGCGACUUCGAGAACAGGAAUUACAUGUUCUCGCUGCCCAGCGAAAAGAAGAAGAGCGUCUACUGCGCGAGAAAAAGCUUCGAGAUGAGGAGCAGCGAUUACGAGAUCUUGAAGCCCAGAGCAUCCCGAAGCUACCCCCAAAACCGCCCCGGCCGCCUCUACAAGAAGCUGCAGCACCUCAACCAAUCGUCAAUGGCGCCGGCCCUGUGCCGAAGCCUGCUACAGCUGUUGAGCAUCCGGGAAUCGCUUCGACAGCGGUACCGUUCGCACCUUUGCCUACACCAUCCGCGCCCCAGGUGAAUGGUCAUGCUUCAAAGGUUACCGAAACAGCACCGGGGCUAACACCGACAGCACCCUCACCAUUUUCCAAGUCUACAAGCGCUGUCUCAAACCCCUUUACGCAGCUGACACCAGGACCAGCAGUUAAUGGGUCGACUACAGCGGCACCAGCACAAGAAGUCAAGCCAGCUAUACCUUCUGCACCAAUACAACCACUGGUCGCACAAGGAGAUCGAUAUGCUGAGAUUCAUAAGAAUCUCAAGCAGUUACGAGCAUACCUGUUGGAGCAGACGAAAUCAAACAUGGCACUGAAGACACGCAUGGGAGAUAUGCGACGAGAGAUUCGAAAGAGCUUAGGCCAGCUUACGGGCGGGAAGGGUGCCAACAAACAACAGCUUGAAAGAAUAAAAGGCCUCUUGUCGGAAGCUCUAAGCGGUCAGGUACCCAGUGCCCUGGUUGACCCUUCUGAUUAUACUGUCGACAAGCGGGAGCCAGUUGAGGGCGCGGUGCAUAAUGCGCCCCAGUUGCCAUCACUGUUCUUGUACCUUCUCAAUGCCCUAGCCAAGGGUAUCAUCAACCAAUUCAUUAACGAGUGCGGUGCUGCCCCUAGGAAUGCGGACCCGGUCGGCGUCAUAGCCGCUCAGAUGUUUUCGAUGAAGGAUUUCCAUUGGCGUGGAAAAUCGCUGAUUGAUAUUCUGAUGGCAAAAUUUCGUAUUGUAUGCCCCGUCGUCUUCGGCUAUAGGGGAAGCGAGAAGACAGAACAGGGUCGAGCACGCCUCGGAUGGAAGAAGGAGGGCGGGGCCUGGAUCACAGAGCAACAACAUAUUGACCGCAUGACGGGUCUAGGAGUUGGUUAUGCAUCCCUGGCUUUGCGGGAUUUCUCUAGGUCGCCUAACACGAACCCUUGGCCACCCUCCCGAUACUGGACAACCAUGGCAAGUAUUGUCAAUACCCCGCCGGCGGAAAUAUCCAAUACUCAAUGUGUGGUCCUAAAAUCCAUGAUUCAGCUGUAUGAGGAGAAGUUUAUCCAUCUCUACGGCAGCGCGGCCAUUGUGGCGUUACGAAGGGCUCUGGUCGAGUUUCCAGGGAAAGCACCAAACAACACACCUGGAGUGGGUGGACUUCAGGUCGUAGCCCAGAUGUAUAAAAGGGAUCUUGGCUUAGAUCUCAACUAAAGGGCAUAUCAAUGAUGUAUGAUACUCGGUAUUGGAGCACGAACGCGUGCAAGCCAAAGUUAUGGCCUCCCUUACGUUAAGGGAUUGGUGCCGACGGUCCCAACGAAAGGUAUCCCAUGUAGCGCAUUGUAGCGAAGUUAUAUGCGUGCUCUUGUUUCGUCUGCGUACC